ACCGCAACUAAUGAUUACCACCAACGGCGACCAAAAAUCUCUGGAAGAUGAGAUAUUCGAUCUCGAGAGGCGUCUCCAAGAUGCCAAAGCGCGACUGAACUACAGCAAAUCGGUCGUAGCAAGCUCAACACCGGCGAACGAUGCAGCCCUCCAUGCCCUAUUCCUCUUAUCAGACUCAGCCCUCCCAUUAGGGUCGUUUGCCUUUAGCAGUGGCCUAGAAUCUUACCUCGCCCACCACAAGCCAUCACCGCCCUCUGCCUCUCAGCUUUCGUCCUUCCACACUUUCCUGCGACUAUCGCUCUGCACCCUUGCCUCCACUGCCUUGCCUUACGUUCUAGCUGGGUAUCGGCACCCUGAAGACGUAGAGGCAUUGGACAAUGACUUCGAUGCGAGCACACCGUGUACGGUCGCAAGGCGGGCAAGCGUAGCACAAGGACGAGCGCUGCUCACGGUUUGGGACCGGAGCUUCAAGGCACAGCAUAGCAGCACGACGACUGCGGCUAGUAUACAUAAUGGAACAGAUAAUCGACAGCAGACCGCAGUCGACGCCAUAACGUCCUUUUCGACCACCCUUCGCACCUCAAGCCACCUUAAUGUGCAUCUUGCUCCACUCUGGGGUCUUGUCUCUAACAUCCUGUCUGUCCCACUCAACGACGCUGCAUACCUGUUCCUCUUUUCGCAUGCGCGAACUGUUAUCAGUGCCGCAGUUCGCGCCAGUGUCCUAGGGCCAUAUCAGGCACAAGCUGUGUUGGCUAGUACAGAGCUUAAAUCGAGGAUUAGAGGAUUGGUGGAAGAGGGUUGGGAUCGGAAUAUCGAAGAUGCAGGACAGAGCGUUCCAGUCAUGGACCUCUGGGUUGGAAGACAUGAGAAGCUCUAUAGUCGGAUUUUCAACUCCUAAUGGUCCAUGUGUAGUAAAAGGCAAAUGUGCCAUAUAGACAUUAAUUAUUCGCUGGGUACAAG